AUGGUCAGAGGACGCAAGAGAGAUUUGACCGUUGCUCCUACGCGACAGCUUACCCAGCAGCGUGAUUACCGGGCACGCAAGGCACGAUAUAUUUCCGAACUCGAGCAACGGUGUUCAAGGGCUGAAGAGGAAAAUGCACGCCUACGACAAGAGCUAGAGCUAGCUCGAGCUGCCAUACCUUUUGCCUCACCGCAUGAAGUUGUACAAGUAUCAUCCGAGCUACUUCGCAACCUAGUAAAUGCCUCUGCAUCGAUUGCGCGCUUCCAGGAGAUCACCGCACCUCGGCCGCCAGCUGCUCCAGAUGACACCUCCUUCCAUGGUCGACAACAACCAAUAUCCUCAUGUUCACAGCCACUCGCAGGUCCUGGCGGCCUUCGCCCCCAGUCUCCUCCUUGUCAAGCACCCUCGCAGCCGAUUACACUUUCACCCUUGCAUGCCCAAGAACCUCGUCGGACACCACCAAAUCAGAUACUGUCUCCUAUUCAUGGACAGCCGGUAGAUCAAAACCCUACGCCCGCAUCGGCCAGUUCGCAGUCCCUAGCGCCGAGCCCAGCGCCGAGCUAUUGUUCUGAGUGCUGCGGGGGUUAUCUUGAUUGCACUGAUCUUCUGGAAGAGAAAGAAGAAGAGGAAGCGGGUGAGGAGGGUGAGGGAGACCAAGAUUAUCAUUUCACGCAUACAUCGAAACUUCGCUCCAGUCAAGGUGAUGUUUGGAACGAUGCUGAACAUUAA